CAACAGCAAAGAUAAAAAUGUUCACGGUCGUUGUUGACCUUCUACCCAAAAAAUAUCAUGAAGCCGAUCCAUCUCCAAAAUGUAGGAGACGAGUAGAGCUAGUACGGUUGAGAAACACAAACAAAACCCCUCAUAAAAAAUCUCUAGUCUGAUAGAAGCACACAACUUUAUUUUUGAAGCAGAACUGCAGCUGUACUAAAUAGGUCAUACUUCACUCGCAUAUAAUUACGAUAGUCCUGUUCACUUUUUUCAUUUCUGCUAAGCUCUAGAGCUACCCCGACUAGAGCUGCGGAUAAUAGUUACACCAAGAUUUAUUUUUUGGACAACGAGUUUAGAAAUAGAGUUUGAUGUAUUGCCCCGCCGUUCAAAAGCUUCCUCCCGACGCCUUUUGGCAAUAAGCUAAGCGAAAAAGUCACACACUUUUGGCAAAGAGCUUGUUCGUACUUUUUUUUUUGUCGUUCUCGUUACACUUUAUGGUUACAUAAGUAGCUAAAGUAACAGAGAGAUACUAAAUAAAACCCUGUUCGUAUCUUGAGUAGUCUACUAGUUGUACUGAAAAUAGGCAUAAGAAGGUCAAGAUUCCGUACACUUUCAAGAAUCUUCGGAGAAAAACUCAAGACAAGAAAAAGCCCACUAAAUUAUUACCGUUUCUGAUACUUCUACUUGUUGUACUAUCUCCAGACCUGUUCGGAAGCCUUGGGCCGCUUCGUAACUGGAAAAAGUUGGAAAAAAAUGGCAAAAAGUUGCUUCAUGACGUGGGUGGAAGCGAUCGUCGGAUUUUGUCCAGAUCACCCGGGCCACUUGAAAAAUUGAAAAAGAUGACAAAACUCGUAAAGGUGCAAUCCCUCCGCAGGCUUCAAAAGUGCCAGCCAGCUGUGGUCGGUGAAAAUGUGCAGAGCCCUUCGGCCACCUAGAAACUUGAAAAAAAAGGGAAAAUUGACAAAAGUCGAGAACCCUCGGCAGGCUUAGAAACUGGCCACCAAGGGCGGUCCGGCGAGCGCGCGCUUGCGCCAUACCAUCGCGAUUGGGGAAAAAAAAUCGCACUAGAAGCGGGCGGAGGCAUGUCACAAAGUCCGCAUUUGCUCUGGGUUGUGGGCAGAAAUUCUGCAUCUUCCCCGGGUCUGAAAUGGCCGACUUUGGUGGCCCAGCAGGGUUCGCGGGUUUGUGGUUUUCCACAUACUUUCCUGGCCAGGGGGCCAGUUUGUCAGGCAGGGGCUAGAAAGGAUGUCCCGCUGCCACAUAGCCGGAUUUCGCCCUCAAUGCUUAUCGCAGGAGCCUGCGGGCCGCCGCGGGCGACAGUAGUUGUCCGCGGCCCUUUAGGGCCGCGGGGAAGUGGUGGAGCUCCGCGGCCCGCAGGCUCCUGCGAUAAGCUUUGAAUGCGAAUCCGGAAGCCCCCGAUGACCCCCGAUAGAUGGCGAGAUUUACUUUAAGGGCCGCGGACAACACAGAAGAAGAAGUGGGAUUCUAAUUAAAAAGAAAUGGUGGUUUGGCUUUCGCGCUGGUUAGAUUUUCGCGCACGCAUUUGGUUACCAAUAUCGCCCUCCGGGCGCGAUCUUCAUACUUCUACUUGUUGUACUAUCUCCAGACUGCUCCAGUGAUUUUUUUUUUCCCGAACAAAGUUGCCGUGGGGCAGAAAGACACAGAACCGAGGCAAAAACCAAAACCACCAGUACAACUGGUUGCGUAGAAGUAUUAGCAGCUCUAGAAGGAAAACUUCCUGCGGAUUAUAAUAAUACAACUACAAAGCGCGUCUUCUAUUUCGAUUUCCUCGCAGUCUAGCUAAGCAGGAAGGGACGACGCUCCUGCGGGAAGAAAGUCUUUUCUUCUGCACAAGGUUAUUCCACCACAAACGGUUAUUUCUUUACAUAACGAAAAAUAAAGAAUACCAAAAUAAACCAAGAUGUAUCGCGAGACCGACCGUGCCAACCAAACCUACAGCGGUGGCAUGUUCCGCGACCAUAACCACACCUUCGGCGGCGCCGGCGGGGGUGAUAACAGCGACGACUCGUUACCCGAUGGAAGAGAUUCCGAGCGGCACUGCGUCACGCACGAGGGGGUCUUUCAACACAAUUGUUUUGACCUGUCGACGGAUGAUCUGGGGGGUCCUCUGCGGAGAAGCAGUAGUUGUGGUGCCGCGCUUGACGAAGUAGAGGGGAGUAGUAGUUGUAGCAGCAUCCCUGCGGACAAUGUUGACACCAACGUCAAUUCGAACCCUUUAUCCCCGAAGACCCUGCUGACUGCCGACCCUGAAAGUAGUUCCCACGAGAAUAGAAACGGAGCGGGAGGACCUGAGGGUGGGGCGACCACCACUAGCGGAAAAGAAAAUGGCAGUGCCAGCAAGUCGGCAUCCAAAUCCUCGGCCGGGACUACAAGUGUAAGUGGGUCUAGUUCUACUACUACGACCAGCAAAACUCCUCCUGCAACCACUACCACCACGACCACUCAGAGCAAUAAAACGACUGUCGCCCAACACGCGGCGAUGACAGCACAGAACAAAAACACAACUGGUACUGGGGCGAGCACAACCACGACCGCUACCGCUUCUGCUACAACUAGGACAGCGUCUGAGCCCCCCGCUCUUCAAAAUGCCGCGUGCUACUCGGCAGAUGACUACCAUUAUGCAAGAAAAAAACUGUGUAGGUGUAACUUUCUUCGAGGAACAGCAUCACAAAUUUGCUCUACAUGACAGAGAAAACCUGUCAUGCAUGGUUUGUAUAUGGAAAACACACAUGAAAAGAGGAUUUCGUGGCUGUCUGGCAUGACUAGUGGAACUCUGUUGCAUCUUCUGCAACACAAAUUUACACUUACACAGUUUUUUUCUUGCAUAACCAUGUGUUUUACCAGAUGGGCGCCGACGCCGCCUUCCGGGACCACGGGAUGAAUAAUGCAAAUGUGACCUGUCCUGCGGGCUUCUACUACGCGCAAAACAACGACUUCUCCUUCUCCGGCCCGAGCUCCUGUAGUGGGGAAUCGGUGGGAGGUGGAGACCUGCACAGAGACUACACGGGUUCGUCGUGUGAAGACGGCGCCGGGAGUAGUAGUACCUGUAACUCUAAGCGACAGCAAGGAGAUCACCACGGUGGUGCUCCUGGGACGAACAAUCAGCACAUGAAUCAGAACUGCGCGGCCUCCGCUUCGACGCACUCCAUAACCACGACCGCCACGCUGAACAACAACCAGGGCCGCGGCUCGGGUUCCACCGGCGGUGGCAAUAAUAAUAUCGCAAGCCAGUACCCGCAGCAAAUUUACAGCGGCAAGUAUCGCACCAUGACCUCGCGUCCCCGCCUGCCCGUCCGGCGCCCCUUCCGACACCCGCCGGGGCUCCGCACCCCCGGUCGGGACGGCAGCACGAGCAGUAGCGACUCCGAGCGCGACGAGGCGCAGUAUAUUCACUCGUGUCCGACCCAACCGCUGCGGCAAAAUAACCUCCCGAUUCAGUUGUUCCCGGGAAGCAGCUUGAGCGGCAUUUUGCACUCGGGCUACUACGGGGGGUACGGUGACUGCGACACCUUUGACGCGCCGGGGCGGGUGGAAAAGAGUGGCGGGGACGAUCGUGUUGAUGGCAGUGAAGAAAAUAAUUACAGCAUGAUAUCGCAACUGCCGCGGAAGGCGGUCCCCGGGGAAUACCCCAAAUUGUUCGACGAAAAAGGAGAGAUGAUCAACUACGCGGUUGGGUCUAGUGGUAGUAGUAGUACAACUGCUCCUUCGGCCAACAAGCAGGUUGACGUGAAAAACGAUCCGACUACUUCUGGAACGUCUUUGAAUAAAACUCCUGGUACAUCAAGUAACAAGCAAACCACUUCUACUACUAGCGCCAGUGGCGCCGCGACGACGGCUGCUGCUAGUGGUGGUGGUGCUGUAGGAGCAACAACUGCGCCAAUGGGCCUGAAAUCGACAGCAGGAACAUCAUCUUCAAAGGAGCCUGUUUCCCCGGACAACAGCUCGUCCAAAAGCCUAUCCGGCCAACGCAUCCGCUUUCCGAGUGUGAAACGGCGCGUCGACGACCAAGAUCAACGUGAAAAGCAGCCGGAAAAUAAGCCAACUACAAGUACGGCGACUUCUGAUAUUAAAAAUUGUUUCUCUCACCGCGAGCAAACGUUUCAUUCCCCAGAGCAGACCAAGAAUGUCAACAAGUCUAAUACAGCAACCGGCGGAGGAGCGACAAACAAGAUGACCAUAGGUGGUGGUGGUGGACAGCAACAGCAACAUCAGCUCCCCACCAGCUGCACAAUGAAGUCUAUAAUGAACAAGAACACCCAGGAGCAGCACACGUCGACCAGCAGCCACGCCUUACACCGAUCGCACACCGACGAGUCGUGUGACGACAACCACGUUGGGACCCCGAAGCACACCUUCAUGGCCAUCGACACCUACGAUAGCAAUUUCGACAGUCCAAAUCCGUUGCAGCAGGAAGUACUCCAGCAGCACGAUGAUUAUAUCAGCUGUAGCAACUUCAACAAACAUGCGGAUAAUAAUUUCAAUAAUCUCGGGUCGUUGAACUUGAAAAGUAACUUGGCCGACGGCGCGGCCAGUUCCGGUGCGGGCCAGUUUUCAGGCCCGAUUAGCAGUUGUAGUAGUAGUACAACUAACCAGCAGAUGAACAACAAUAUUAACCGUCAAAAUCUUCAAAGCAAUAGUUCAUCUUCUUUCAUGGUCAGCGCCAGCGACGUAUCAAAUGCAAAAAUGUAGUGUGGGUUUGGAACAAAGCAACUUGUCAUGCUAAAUCUGAAUCAUGUAAAAAUCUGUGUUGCAUGAUUACCAAAAGCUGUCCACUUUUGACCUAAUCGCGAGGCAGUUUCCUAUGCAGGAUAGGCAUGAUAGAACUCUCACAGAAUCUGUUAUGCUAUGUCCUGCAUACCAGACCUCAUGGGUCAUGGAAAACCUGCAUGACAAGUCGGGCACUCUUUCAGCCCCAGACACUUUUGCAGUUGAUACGACGCAGCCACCCCCGGCGGAGCCUCGACCUCGUUUCUCACCAUCUCGCAGCCGCACUCCACGCCAGGGGUAUAGUGAUAGAGUUUUGAUAUAGUUUUUCACGAAUUAUAGUAGAAAUCGAUCGAGAUGCAUCAUUUUAUUCGCAUAGUUUUUCGUUUCGGCGUCUAGCGAUCUACUUAACUUGUUCCUUCUCUUUACAGUUAAACUCGAUUGAAUUUUUAACACUGGCCAACAUAGAGCCGCGGCGGUCUUGUCUUCCGUCUUGUCGCCGAACCGUGUUGAUCAAACUUUUUAUUAUAAGCAGAUCGAAAUAAAAGUAAAACCAAAACGUAAAAACGAAAAUCAAAAAUCAGGUGCAGCAUUCGCCCCCGGCAGGUCAGCAGCAGCCCGGAUUCAAUGUUAAUCGUCAGGGAAUUGCGACCGGAGGUGGACAGCUGCAGGAAUCCACCCAAUCGUCCCGAGGACAAGGACAUCAACCUGCUUCAACAACAUCCCAGCAGACCACAGUAACGAAGCAAGAAUCUUCUUCCACCGCCCCUUCCCCCAACGACCCCAUGAGUUUAUACGCCAAAGCGAUUGAGCUUUUCCCCGAGAACGCUGUGAUCUACGCGAAGGCGCGGAUGCUGUGCAAAAACAACAAGAGUCUGUGGGCGCAGCAGGAGAUGGAAAAUUUUAUGGAGCUAGUCGCGAAGGUUCACGAGAUUCCGGCUACGUGUAGUACUGCACCUCCAGGAGCAGGCAACAACAUGGUGGACCACCAGCACGAGGGCGGGACGACCCCGGCUUCUUGUUCUGGGGUUGGUGCUGGUUCAUCUUCUUCCGGAGCUCCUCUUGCUGGUGGUUCAUCAUCUCGUGUACAACUAGACCAGUAUCAGUCCGAACAUCAUCCGGGUGGUCAGCAGUUGUACGGUCUUCAGCAGCGUAGUUUAACGGGCAGCACUGCUGGUCCAUCUUCUUCUCCUUACAAUCAGCAACAGACAACUCCUUCAUCUUCGUAUGGAAAUUACAUGGAGUCGAUGCAAGUGCUGCAGCAGCAGGGCAUCAUGAACAAUCAUGGUGCAGCAGCAGCCGCUUCUAGAGGACCACAUCAAUACGACUUGAGGGCGGUGCAGGAGUGGUAUUAUCAACAGCAGCAGCAGCAGGGUAUGCAUUGCAAAUAUGGCUGGGUCUGGAAACUUGUGAUGCAAAUCUACGAAUUGUCGGCGCACUGCAAUAUGCAGCCCAGCAUGUUGACAAGUUUUUGCGGUCCUGCUAUGUGUUUCGUUUUUCGCAUGACAGACUGCGUUUGUGCAUGACAGGCAAGAGGCCCUUAUUUUCCUGCUCAUGCGUCACAGAUUUAAGAGUCAUGCCAGAAAUAAAGCAUGACAAACUUGCACGACUCUUCCAGAUGACCCAGACAUAUUUGCAUGCGAUACAGGGCCUAGUAGAACCAGGAGCGGCCCCGGGCACGACCCCCUUAGCGCAUCUUGUUGACUGGCCCCAGGUCCACGCCUUUUUGGUAUCAAAAGGAAAAAAUGAUCCCCAAUCCCCGAGGGCCCCAUAUCGAAAAGGUAUCAGACGUUGAAAAUUUGUGAUGCUGAUAGCACAUUUGUGAUCACACAAAUCUUUCUGUCUUCGACAAGGGAGCGCAGUCAGAGUCUCCGCCGCAUUUUUUAUGCUGGCGAUUUGGAAAAAAAUGAUGUGGCAGACGUCUGCCACGCUAGGCGGCGACCUCAAAACAUCCCUGCCCAGGCUUCGCAUCUGCUUGCAUUCACUCCUCACUGCAAGACCAAGCUGAUUGGUCGUAUACUACACAAAUCAUGGUUGAUCACAUCAAACUUCCAGCACUUUGAUAUGGGGCGGAGAGGGGAUUUUUCAUUUUGAUAUUUGGCGGCGUGGGGCCACGGACCCGCCGAAAUUGCGCAAAUUUUAGCGGAACUGCUGGAGAGUAUGCAUUGGUGGGAGCAACAGGGCGGCUUUCCGCAGGAGCUCGGGAGAGCGCCGACUGCUGGUCAGCUCGCCGCGGCUGGUGCGCGUAUGGCCGCCGCGUACGGUAGUACUAAUCCACCGGGAGGUAGCAGCUCAAGUUCUUUCGGGCUGCCGGGUGCACUGAUGAGCGGCCAGGUACUUAGAAUUGGAAUGAUAAUCGUAAAUAAAGUUCACUUGUUAGACUUUCCACCUAGUAAAUUGCACUAGAAAAUAAAAUUUCUGAAGAUACUUAAUGGAUUGAUACUGUGUCAUGCAGCAGCUUCAAAAUUAUACCAUAAUUUUUUGAAAAUGAAAUCCAAAUCUUGUAGUACCGAAGACCCUGGGCCGCGGCUUGGGUUACUUUUCGUGUGAAAGAGGAUCAAAUCUUGGAUAGAAUACAAUAUCGACGGAACAACAACUUAAAACAGUCCUCGUCAAGCUCGGGCCGGUAUCACGCCCCGCCUGCCACUAACCGGCGAAAAGUUUUAUCUAGGCAAGAGAUGCAACACCUGUACGAGAUGUUGCAGCAAAGUUCGGCGAUCGCCGACGUGGCUUCGGGUAAGGACAUCGACACAGUGGAUGUGAGGAGCGGAGGUGCGGCCGUCCCGGCAGGUCAACAGAACAAUUCUCUUCGCAGCAGUACCAGGGGUAACAGUAGUACUGCUCUGGACCCCCCGCCACGUCAGAUGAAUGCUCCUGGUGCAGCAGGAGCAUCAUCAUCCACUUCCGCAGCUGGUGGCUUCGUCCCCCCCUCCCGAAGCUUCCAGGAAGAUCAGGACAACCAUAUGUUGGAGGCCCUGAAGACUGUAGCAGAUUCUUUGAAGAAAAACAGCAACAGAAAUUCAACAGCGGAUAGUAAUGGUAAUCAACACCGAGGAGGUGGAGAGCAGCAGCAGCCGCAUUCUACUCUCGCGGACCAGCAUCGCGAGCACGUUUCUCAGGCCGCGGGAGGUUCUAGCAAGAACAUGGGCGCCGCGGCGCUUCCCUCAAAUCGCGCGUCCACUUCGAGCUGUGUUAACAAUAAACCUGGAGCUCUUCCUGCGAGUUUGAGCUCUGUAGCUAACGCCAGCCGUUUCAAAUUUUCCUCCUCCACCAACACCGGAAAUAAUUCCACCCAUAAUUCCACUUCCCGGUCUAGCACUUUUGGCAACGAUGGUCGUCACCACCCCAGUAAUUCGAGCAUCCUGCUCGACCAGCCAGGUGGACAUCUUCAUAACCGGUCGAUCGAUCGGUUAUAUGAUCGGUACGAAGACCAGCGCAGCAAAAACUCCUCUCGCGCGGCCCGCACUGUAAUGGAGGCGAUGGACUCUUUGAAUAGUUUCAACAACACGUUAGACGAUGAGGAUCUCGAGGACGAGAACGGCGACCGAGUGUUGCGGUCCAGUAAUCUUCGCGACAUGAGCCGAAACACGAACACUUUGAUGUCGCACAAUUCGUCAGCAUCCUUUCGAGGGAUGACCACAGGGCCUUCUAACAACAACACCAGGAACAACAACACAGGCGCGACUUCUAACAGUCGGAACCAGGGCAUCCACCCGGAGGCCAUGGCACGGAUGUUGAAUAGCAUUCAGUCGACCCACACCAUGCCGACCACCCGGGAAAGCGGUUCGAUCAACAAUAAUAAUAUCCACGCGAGCCCGAAUAUGAAGCCUGGGUCGUUAUCCGGGAAUAAAAACAACACAACCAAUAGCAGCAGCUCGGCUGGGUCUUCAUCUUCAACAUCGCAGGGGACCGCCUCCGCGGGGGUAGAAGCUGCAACAGGGAAUAUUAAUCCAGCCGGCGAAAAUACUUCAGGAGCUGCGGCCGGAGAAGCAAGUACUAAAACAAACCAAACAGAAACCGAACCAAACAAUUCCAUGUUGCACGACUUUAAGCCGAAGUACAAGACGGAUAAAGAAGCGCAGGAGGGGCUGAAAAGGGAAUACAGCAAGUCCAAGCAGAUGGCGAUCUUCCACUACACAUUACGCAACGCGAAAAAACAAGCGGUGGAGAACGGACUUCCCCUCGAGUACAAUUUUCACUUAAUCGAGAUGGAGCGGCAACGGAAAGAGUACAUGAAGAACGCCAACAGCAAAUCGAAAUACGCCGCACUUGGCGGUGGGCCGAGCAGCCAAAGCGGUGGGGGUCCACCUCCGCACAUGAUGAUGCCGGGAGGACCUCCAGGACCGUAUCCGCCAGUGCAUGGACCGACUUCCUCGGGAGGAGGUGCCGCGCCCGGGGCUGUUACAAGGCAACAGCCGCACCCCGGCUAUGGUGGUGCGGGAGGAAAUUACGGUCAUGGGUAUGACGACCGAUAUUUGCCGAUGGGGGGCAUGUACCAGGGACGGUGA